AUGGACGACGACACUCAUUCACUCGGCUGGAGGCUGCAGCUCGACAUGCAGGCUCUACCAGUAGUCCUGCCGCAGAGACAAUCUGAUCUCGUUCACUGGCGGACUGAGUCUCCCGGAACUAGCUGCCCUAUCGCCUCGGUCUACAAAGAUCCCCCCCCACCUUCUCUCAUGUGCCAGCAGAUGCUGCAAGUCUCGCCAUUAGCGUCUCACAUCAACUGCGGUCCCGGUCCCCAAGUCAAGGUGCCGCCCGCAUGA